AUGAAUUAUGUUAAAUGUGUUUACUUUACUUGGGGUCUCCUAACUUCGGCCCUCAUCCCCGUGUCAUUUGGUGAAAUGUAUACGUCGCUGCUGCACGUGAAGCAGGCGAUCAGUGUUGAACGGAAACUGAUCGAUCACUUAAGAAAUUAUAUUGAUUACGAAUCAGAGAGGCUGGACGACAUCAAGCGUUUCUAUGCAAAAGUGACUGACUUGCACAGGGAAGUUUACAACAGCCCAGCGCCUGCAAUGGCAAACCCUCUGGUGGCGUUCACCCUGAUCAAGCGCCUGCAGUCUGAGUGGCUGAACGUGGUGUACAGCAACGAAGCCCUAGAGAACGUGCAGGUCCUCAGGUCCGGUUACGAGGAGGAGGAGGCCAGCCUGCCCAAGCUGGAAGACCUUCAGGGGGCCGCUAAGGGGCUGAUGAGGCUCCAGGAUGUGUAUGCUCUCCAAGUGGCCAGCCUUGUAAAAGGCCGUUUCCAGCGAGCUACUGAUGGCAACCCUAUAGACAUCUACAUGCCCGCAGUAUCUAUCCCUCUGUCUGGUGAUGACUGCUUCCUGGUUGGAAAGGUGGCCUAUGAGCAGGAAGACUACUACCACUCGGUGCAGUGGCUGGAGGAGUCAGUGCGUCUCUUCAGGAGAACAGGAGGGGAGUGGAGCCCUGAGAACGAAGGGACUUUAGAAGAUGCUCUGGACCACCUGGCCUUCUCUCACUUUAAGACAGGAAACGUCUCCUAUGCUCUGAGUCUUUCUCAGGAGUUACUCCACCAUGAUCCAAUGAACGGCAGAGUUUUGCAGAAUGUUGAGAAAUAUGAGAAGCUGCUUGUGGAGACUCCAGCUUUACGUAUCAGGGGCAGCGGGUUGAGGAGACCCAACUCCACUUACCUACUGACCAGAAAUGUUUAUGAGAGACUCUGCCAGACCCAAGGCUCUCAGCCAACACAUUAUGAAAACCCCAGACUGUUCUGCGACUGUUUCACCAAUGGCAGUCCUGCACUGAUACUGCAACCAAUAAGGCGUGAAGUGCUGAGCCUGCGGCCAUAUGUCAUCCUGUACCACAACUUUAUCACUGACACAGAGGCAGAAGAAAUCAAGCUGAUUGCCCAGGCAAAUUUGAGAAGAUCUGUGGUGGCAGCUGGAGAGAAACAAGCAACAGCAGACUACCGCAUCAGCAAGAGUGCAUGGCUUAAAGGCUCAGCACACUCCAUUACUGGCCAGCUAGACCAGAGGAUCUCCAUGGUAACAGGACUGAAUGCACAGCCUCCAUAUGGAGAAUACCUCCAAGUGGUGAAUUAUGGGAUUGGCGGCCACUAUGAACCUCAUUUUGAUCACGCAACAUCAACAUCAAGCCCCCUGUUCAAACUUAAAACUGGGAAUCGAGUGGCAACCUUUAUGAUAUAUCUCAGCUCUGUCGAGGCAGGUGGAUCCACAGCCUUCAUCUACGCAAACUUCAGUGUUCCUGUUGUGCAGAAUGCAGCUAUCUUCUGGUGGAAUCUCCAUAGAAACGGUCAAGGGGAUGGAGACACCCUGCAUGCUGGCUGCCCUGUCCUUGCUGGGGACAAAUGGGUGGCGAAUAAAUGGAUCCAUGAGUACGGCCAAGAGUUCCAGCGUCGCUGCAGCCUUAAUCCUGAGGAGUGAGAGGGGUGGAGCAACAGCUUGGCCUGCUUGGAGCACAAGAGCCAGCCUUUACAAUGGAGAGGCACACUUGCAGGCACAGAGAAGGAGGGAGCCAGAAAGUGAACAGGCAGGGGAGGUGAGAGCUGCUAAAGGGCAGCCUGCAUCUGUGAUUGGAGCUCCAGGCCCCAGGGAGCGUGGAGCAUACAGCGGACACUGCAGGAGGGGGCAGUAAUAGCAUGAGGCUGAGUUGAGUUUUGGAAGGUGGGUUGGAAGUAGAGUGGUGCAGUUGGCAAUCAGCCCCAGAGGCCAAGAGCUCUCUCUUGCUUCUACUGGCCAGUCCCUGCAGAUGGAGAGAGGCCUCUGCCUUCACACACUGGGCUGGUUUCAGUUAACUGUGCAAGGCUGUGUGCCUCUGCUUGCAGUUUGCAUAAUAAAAUG